CAACGCAUUCGAAUAUAACCAUGGACUGCAGCUCACAAUGGUAACGUUAGUCGAGCAUCGCGCCUUCCUUAAUUCAAUACUCGACCGUCAAGCCGAGAGGCGGAGGCUCAUUGAUCCUGAAGCGGUAUUCCCAACUCAACCUGUCAUACGCGGUCGUAUACCAAGGGCUAUCCACCAUAGGACCCCAGGUGAUGACGAGGGUGAAAGAGAUGGAUGGAUUAGCAAGGAGAAUGUUGCCAACUAUGUCAAGGAGGAAGAGACCAUCCGUAAUGACUAUUGCGAAUGGUAUGGCGCUACCGGCGAAUGCGGGAGUAACUUCAUAAUGGGUGCAGAAGGCGAAGAUAUCUGCUCUGAAUACCCGGCGCUCAAGAAGCUCAUGAAUCUCAAAGCUCAGCUCGUGUCAAGCAACUCUCACCCUCCACUUUAUUUUCCACUUUCGCACGAACCUCUUCGCGACUCCCUUCUCUCAACAUUCUCAAACUUUCGAUUCGAUGUCAUUCGAAUAAACCCUUUAUUAGACUGGGCUGAUAUCGCCGAACUUCCUAUAAAGCAAAUCUCGUCUGAUCCUGCUAUUGUGUUUCUCUGGGUCGGGCGAGGUGACCAAGAGGGCUUGGAAAGAGGCAGGGAAUGUUUUGCGAGAUGGGGUUUCAGAAGGGCGGAGGAUAUAGUAUGGGUCAAGACGAAUCGAAAUAAGAAUAGUGGCGAGAGGGCAGCAGCUAAUGGUGCUUUGUUUGCCAACCAGAAGGAGCACUGUCUGAUGGGAAUCAAGGGGACUAUCAAGAGAAGCGUAGACGUGAGGUUUGCGCAUUGCAACGUGGAUACGGACAUCAUUGUCUGGGAAGAUUCCGGAGAUCAUGAAGGACCAAGAUAUCCCCCGUACCUCUAUACCCUUAUUGAAAACUUCUGCCUUGGUACUCGCCGUCUCGAAAUCUUUGGUCGUCCUAACCUGGCUCGCCGAGGAUGGGUCACUGCAGGCCUUGAGCCCUUUUCCUCUUCGUCCUCGACUGCUGACCAAAACAACGUACAACUUUUCGAUCCCCAAAGUUAUCCUUCCCUCGUACCAGAAUCCGAUGGCAAACCCAUCUUACCAUUCAGCCCCGAAAUAGAUCAAUUACGCCCCAAAUCCCCUGUGCGCAAACCGCCACGUUAUAAUAACCCAUCUGGCGGUAAUCCCAACAACCUAGCAGGUGGUGGAAUAGGUAACAGUGGAUCUAGAAAUCAAGGCGGAUUAGCUGUCGGCGGGCGACCGUCUCCUGCCCCCAGGUUCGCGCAGAAUGGUGGAACUAGCGGGUCAGGUACUCCUAUGGGCAAUAGACCCAACCUCGUAAUGCCGAACCAAACUUCUCCAAUAGACUAUUCCCAAACCCAAGGCCGAAUGAGCCCGGUGAAUCCGAUGAUGAUGCAAGGCCCGACUAUGGAGCAGAUGGUGGCUGCCAACAUGGGUAUGGGCGGUAUAGGGGUCGGCAUGAAUGGGCCUAUGGGUAUGCCGAUGGGGAUGCCGAUAGGAAAUCAAUAUGCUUACGGGAUGGGUAUUAACGGUGGACAACCCGGAUUUGGCCCGCCAUUCGGAGCAGGGAUGGGCAUGCCAGUGGGUAUGGGAGUAGGAAUGGGUAUGGGUAUGCCAAUGGGUAUGGAUAUGGGGAUGGGACACAUGGGAAAUAUGGGUUUUGAUGGUAUGAUGCCGGGGCAAGGACAAGGUUUUGGACAGCAGCAGCUGCCACAAAUGUUUGGGAACCCUCAGAUGGGCCCGAGGUUUGGAGGAUGGCAUGGCCAAGGUGGUCAAGGACAAUGGCAGUAGAGGAGAUAACUCAGUGCAUAUGUAAUAGUACUUGUAAUAGAACAUUAUUCACAAGUGUAGUCAAGAUUUGUAUACAUUUACACUAUUCAUUGCCCAUUAUGUAUCUCGUACUUGACACCCA